ACUCUAGGUCUCCAUAACAAUAAAUUACGCAAAAGCUCCGUUGCAUUAACAUUCACUUUCAACAGUUCAUUCAAAUGGUGUAAUUCUGGCACGCCCAUUGUCUGAAGUUAGCUCAGGAGUGACACGCUGUGAAACCGAGUGGCGGCAAAAAGAUGGCAGAAGUUGUGCACAUGAUUGACAGCGAGGUUUUCCUGGCCUUCUCCACAUAUGCAACCAUAGUCGUUCUCAAAAUGAUGCUUAUGAGCUUCAUGACCUCAUACUUUCGCAUGACAAAAAAGGCUUUUUCAAACCCGGAGGACACCAACUUGUCGGCGAAAGCAUCAGAAGACAGGAAGAAGUUGGUCAGGGUUGAUCCGGAUGUAGAAAGAGUGCGACGGUGCCAUUUGAAUGAUCUGGAAAACAUUGUUCCCUUUGUGGUGAUCGGUCUUCUGUAUGCACUCACGGGGCCGGAUCUCUCCACAGCUCUGUUGCACUUUCGGGUGUUUGUGGGGUCACGUUUCGUCCACACCGUGGCCUAUGUGAUGGCUGUGCCCCAGCCUACCAGAGCUCUGGCCUUUGCUGUGGGGUUGUUCACAACUUUUUCCAUGGCUUACCGGGUGCUCACCACAUCACUUUUUCUCUAAUUGAUAGCAUUCAAUUCAUUUAAAACAAUAUAGUUUUAAUUUACAUGCUUUUUGCAGUCUUACAUCAAAGAAAAUGCAUUUAGGUACCAAUUGCAAUGCUGUUUUUGUGUUACUUUGUCCUAUAAGUGCACUUUAUAGUGUGAAUGAAACGUAAAAUACAGCUUACAACUGCUGAUAAUAUUUAAUUAAUGUAAUCUUUAACUCCUGACACACAUUUGAGGAUGAGACUAAAGCUUUGACCCGUACUGUACACUGAAUAGACAUUUGUUUUUUGUUACUUAUUAAUCACGAUAAGAGCAACAACUUUGGAUUGUGUCAGAUAAUGAGGCCUAUGUAAGUUUGUGUGCUUUUCAGUUUCUCAAAGUAAAAUGUUUAAUUUGCAUUAGCAUCAUUUUAGCAUUUUAAUAUCCAUUGAAUGACAACAAAAAGUUUUAAUGGAUUUUAAUAAAGUUUGAAAAUUAAAA